UUUUUUGUCAUUUUCACGACGUAAAUAUUUAUCAAAUGAAACAACAAACCAAACUUGGCGCGGAAGUUUAAUAAAGAAUCAAAAUGGCUGAGAGACCUGAGGAUCUGAAUUUGCCCAAUGCAGUUAUAACCAGAAUCAUUAAGGAUGCGAUCCCAGAUGGGGUGAAUGUUUCCAAGGAGGCACGGCUGGCUAUAUCAAAGGCUGCCAGUGUCUUUGUCUUGUAUGCCACAUCUUGUUCCAACAACUUUGCAUUGAAGGCAAAGCGAAAGACGAUCACAGCAAAGGACGUGUUGGACGCCCUGGAGGAUAUGGAGUUUGACCAGUUUGUUGACCCGCUCAAGGAAUGCCUUGAUGCUUACAAGAAGAACCAACAAGGAAAGAAAGACCAGAAGAGGAAAGACAAGGUGAGUCAGCCAUCUGCGAGGUCCGGGGGUGGGGAUGGGAUGGAGGAUGAGGGAGUGGUGGUGCUGGAGGAGUCAGAAGGAGAGGGAGAACUUGGUGAUGAUCCCCAGGGUGACGAGCCCAUGGAUGAGGCAGCAGGUGUGAACGGAGAUGGUGAUGUGGUGGAGAUAUCAGACACAAGUGAGGAUGCAUGAGGGAAAUAGAGAGAUGGUUAACCAGCAGUUAGUUAUUGCAACAGAGUUGGAGUUGAAACUUCAAGUUUGGUUUGGGACUAUCCCCACUUCAUGGGCUUGCUAUGUUCUUUAUUCUCAGGGCCUUUAUUGGAUUCAGAUUCAUAAAGAACAAGUUGAAAUGGUUGUCAUUUUAUUUACUGGGAUAUGAUGGCCGGAGGCUGUCAGAGGUGGCUUAGUUCUAUGUUGUUAAGGAUGUAUGGCAAAAAGAUUUUACUCCAGUAGGAAUUAAUGUAGACUACUGUGAAAUCAUCAAUGUUCGUGGGGCAUUAAUGUGCGUGGUUUUCGUGGGUUGGGUGAUCCAUGAAUUCAAGAUCCCACGAAAUAUAGACCCUUUAUUCACUUUUUCAAUUGCCUUGUUACGUACAUACUGUAGUAUAUUCUUUAGAGAGGUCGCAGUAUACAGCGUAAAUACCGAACUCACUGUAUAUCUGACUAUAAUUGUUUUGGUAAUAUAUUAUAUCUGCCUUUAACAAAUAAUAAACCAAAUCAUUUCAUUGUGUUUUUUAUUUACCAAAUUAUGAACACGUGCUGUAGCGUGUGCUGUCCAUGAAAAUAUCGAGGUUUACGAGAUGUGCGUGUUUAGUGUCGGUACUCGAUUUUUUUUCUUUAAUGAAAUAUUUAAUCGAUUACAUUGAUUGUUUGUACUCAAAUAUACGCACCUUUUCGGUGUUUUCACAGUUUGCAAAAUUCUUAAUUGAAUGGCUUCGCCUAUCUUUAUCUUUGGUCAGGGUCCAUCUUCUUUUAUGACCGUAAUUUCCAAUUAAAUCGAUAAUUGACAUGGGUAUAUGCUCUAAUUGGCAUGUUGUACCACUAAAGCGUCUGUCAUAAACCGUGUGACGUAGGAGACGGAAAUCACGUGGAGAUUAUGCAGACGAUUAAGGACGAUCGCAGUUUCGGAUUUUUUUUUCAAAAAUGAAAAACCACGAAUUCAAGUACCCACGAACAUGUAAAUUUUGAGAAAACCACGAAAUUUCAUGCCAACGAAUAUAAAUGAUUUCACAGUAUAUUGAACACUUGAAGGGCUAACUUUUUGAAAUCUGUGUUCAGUGAAUUAACUUUGGAAUAUAUUAUAUAUUUCACAAUGAAAUGCAAGACAACCUACAGCUCUCCUUUUCUUGCAACUUUUCAGUAUUAAAUACUACAUGCACUGUUAUGUAUUUUGUACAUGAAGUAUAUUUAAAAUGUAUGCGUCAUGCCGAUGCUUAAUUUUUUUUUUAAAUUUUAAACAGAAGUCUGUAUUAAAGACAAACAGUGUAUACAAAUGUUUAUUAUGCUCAAAAUAUAUAGAACAUAAAAAAGCAGAUUGACUCGUUAUAAAACCAAAACAAAGUUUUUACAUUGUAUGUUGUAAAUAAUUUGAUUUGUGCAUUGAUGGCACAUGAAGGCAUCUAGAGACACAUUGUGUCUUGUUGGACUUGGAAGCUGUUUGUGCGAGGUGGUCAAAAUAAUUUGUUGGACUACACAGCCAUGUGUUAUUAUUUAUUGAUGAACUAUGACCCCUUUAUUGGUCAAUUGAAUGGCUGAGUGACCUCUAGCCACAUGCUAAUUGAAUCAACUGUAACAAAUUGAAAACACUGUUUGCUGGUUUAUUUUAAAUUGCCAGUAAUCAUAAGUUCUUGAUAAAAUUGGUUCAGUUUUAUUUGUAGUACAUUAGUACAGACAUGAAUUUUUCAAGUAAAACUGUUUAUUGUAGAUUUGCCUACUAUUUUUGUAUGUUCUACUAAUGCAAUUGUGUCAAUAGGCUGUAGAAGAGAUAUGGAAGUGCUUAUUUUACUGAAUGAACCAGUAUUGAACUGGCUGGUUCCCCUUAGUUUUCAAAUGUAAUGAAAGCCUUCAUUGUGUAGAAAGGAAAUCUCUGAUGCAGUAAAGCAGAUUGCUUGCUUGGUCAUGUAGCACACCAUUCUUAGUUUAUGUAAUGAUGGUUCAAUAAAUGUACUGCUAAUAUGUUAUACAUGUACCUUGAAUUCAUAAAAUAUGUUGACCUUUUUCUGUGAUGAGAUGAAAUAAAUUAUAAACAAGU